AUGCAAGCCCUGCAAGAACUUUUCAGCUGCCUUUGCGGUUCAUUCGAGCCUGCAUCAGAUUUCUAUUCUGAACAGAAACAAUUCACCUCAGUGCUCUUGUCUCCCACAUACGAUCCAAUUGCAUGCACUCAUGAAAAGGUUGCGGUUGACGUUGUUGCCGUUCUACUUCGCUCAGAAAAGCAUGGUAAAGACCUCAGGAAACAGCUUGAUGAGACAGUUGGAACGCUUGGCUGGUCCGAGAUGCUGGCGAAACGCGUCUUGAAUGCUCUGGUAGGAGCUAUUAGAGAGGGCCGUGACAAGAUGGGUCCGGCCUUUACCAAGGCGUAUGACGAUGCCGCCAAAGAGGCUGAUUCUGUGUUCCACCAACUUGUAGAGGAUGCAAAAAAUCAUCCUCUUGAGCUGGUAGCUACGGUGCUCAUCACCGUCAUUGCUAUCGGCGUGCUUGUGGCGUUGGCACCAUCUGUUUUGGAGCUCUUGGGAUUUGGUGAGCUCGGGCCUGUAGCAGGCACUUUUGCUUCCUGGUGGGAGUCGACAUAUGCAGGUUACAUCCCCGCAGGAUCCAUGUUUUCAUUUUUCCAGCGCUUGGGCAUGAUUUGGAUGCGAGCAUAA